CCUCCAAAGUUCAGUGAGAAACAUCACCCGCGCUCCGCUGCACCGCCCCGAGGACAAUGGCCGGGUCUCCUGCACUGCUCCUCCUGCUCAGCCUGGGACUCUGCUGCACCGGUACCCAGGCACAGAGGAACACGAUGGAGGCCAGGUUCUUCAACAGGAAUAUGAAGCACCCCCAGGAGGGACAGCGGCUGGAGCUGGAGUGCCUGCAUUACAACAAGGACAGUGGUGUUUCCUGGGUCCGACAGGACAAGGAUGGGAAACUUCACUUCAUCGUCUACAUUUCCAUGCUUUCCCAGACCACCUACCCAGGGAAUGAGAAAACAUCUUCACAAUUUGAGGUAUCAGGGGGAGACUACAUCUGCAUGCUUGUGGUGAAGUCCUUCAGGGCACAGGACCAGGGGACCUAUUUCUGCGUCAACUACAUCAACCAGGUGCUGUACUUCAGCUCUGGACAACCCGCCUUCUUCCCAGUCACAACAACAGCAGCACCCACCACAUCCACUGCCACCCCCCAGAGCAGCCAGGUCACCACAAAGGACAACUCGCAACAGAGCCCACAUGCAGAAGGAACAAGCAAUGAGAACACACCAAGAUUCUACUGUAAAUCAGUCAUGUGGGUUAACUUGGCUUGUGCCUGUCUCCUGCUCCUCACUGCCAUAACCAUCACCAUCACGCACUGCCAAAGACCAAGCUCAGCGUAAGCAAGCAGUGCUGCGUCGCUGCUCAGCAGAAGGCACACAGGCGUCCUCCUCAAGCACCGCACGGAUCCCAGCAGCAACACACACAGCUGCCCUGAUGCAGCGCGGGCAUUUGGCUGCUCCUCCUGUGCUGCCCACCAGCACUGCACACCUCCCGCGCCCUGACCUGUGCUCCUGCCCCACACUGCUGGCACACACCCAGA